GGAAUGUGACACUCUCCGUCUCUCUUCCCCUUCUAUCUGGUUGAGUUCCCAAGCACCAACUGGGGGCGAUUCCUCUCACUCUCAGGAAUCAGGAUGCACGAUGUCAUUUCUUUCUCCUCUGGAACUCAAAUGGAGUGUUGUUAAUUCGUAAGUUGCAGAUAGGCUAAACCGACCAACCAAAAAUAAUCGAUAACUCGGAGGCGAGAGAUGGCCACCAGAGGCAGCCACCACCACCGUCACAGAAAGAACACCGUCUUUCUUUUCUCUCUCCUCUGUGCGGCCUCUCUCUUACUCGCUCUCUCACUCUUCAGAUCCACCUCCAGGAGCUCUCCUCCUCUUCGUCCCGUUGGAAACUUCACUACGGAAGCAGAGGAGGGAUCGGGCGGGGACGGACCCUGCGACUACAACGACGGGUCGUGGGUCUACGACCCGACCACGAGAUCUCCUCCCUACGAUCACACCUGCAAGGAGAUCUUCAAGGGCUGGAACUGCAUUGCUAACAACAAAUCCAAUGCUCCCCAUCUCAUCAAAUGGCGCUGGAAGCCCAAUCACUGUGAUCUUCCGCCGUUUGAUCCCCGUCAAUUCCUUGAGCGCUAUAGAGACACUAGCAUUGACCUUAUGAAUGUCAACAGCACAGGAUUUAUUGGGGAUUCCUUAAAUAGGAAUAUGUUUGUUUCUCUAUUUUGUACUUUGAGACGGGCAUCGAGUGAAGUGAAGAAGUGGCGUCCUGCUGGGGCUGAUCGUGGAUUUACAUUUCCUCAGUACAACCUCACGAUUGCGUAUCAUAGAACUAAUAUUUUGGCACGUUAUGGUAGGUGGUCAGCUAAUGGUAAUGGUGGCAAGCUAGAAUCUCUUGGAUACAAAGAGGGUUUUAGAGUUGAUGUGGAUAUUCCAGAUGGUACUUGGGCUGAGGCUCCAACUUUCCAUGAUGUUCUUAUUUUUAACACGGGGCACUGGUGGUGGGCUCCCUCAAAAUUUGAUCCGGUUAAAUCACCCAUGCUGUUCUUUGAAAAGGGUCUGCCUUUGAUGCCUCCGAUACUGCCUGAUGCUGGUCUUGAUAUGGUCUUAAAGAACAUGGUAUCAUAUGUGGAAAAAAGAGCACGACCGGGGUUGAUCAAGUUUUUUCGUACCCAAUCCCCUCGACAUUUUGAAGGAGGUGAAUGGGACCAAGGCGGUUCAUGUAAACGCUUGGAGCCUUUGUCGCCUGAGCAGCACAACACUACAAGCACACAAACUUCCCAAAUGAGAGUCGAACCUUGGCUUCUCCCAAUGAGGCUAGGAGACGAAUCAUGGAGCCAUGACUCACUUGCUUCUAUAUGAAACUUGCGUUCUGCAACAUGUUUAAUUUCGCUAUAAAACCCUUGCUGUAUUGCGCGACUGAGCGAUCAUUGUUUCUGCUGGUGUAUCGUAUCUCUCAGAUGGAGGAGUUAUUCUCUUUGAAAAAUAAUGGGAAAAAUGUAGAGGCACGCCUGGCGAACCUGCACCUGUACAAGGCACUCCCGGGGUCUGGUUUCCAUGUUCUGGACAUUACCCAUAUUAGUGAAUUCAGAGCAGAUGCCCACCCUUCUGCUGCUGGUGGAAAGAAACAUGAUGACUGCAUGCACUGGUGUUUACCAGGAAUUCCAGAUACUUGGAAUGACUUGUUCGUAGCUCACUUAAACGAUGUUAAGGAUCCAAAUUAAUAUAUAUUCUUUUUCAUCCCCAAAA